GAGAACGAGCAGAUGUGAAAUAGGCACACUACGACUACACGAUUCUAAUUAAAUAAACUGUUAAGGCUAGUGUCCAAGUCUGUCUUGUUUAGGGUAUCCCAAGAUCUGCUGCGAUGUUGUUUGGCUUGUGUCUGUGCCUGCUAGGGACGUUGGUGUCAGGCUUUCAGGUCUAUCAGACGUACAUUCCUAAUGGCAACAUUGUCCCAAACCCUUGUCUGAUUGGUCAAAUAUGGGCUGGAGCUGGUCAUUUCAGCGCUAUAGGAACCGGUCCGUUGAAUCCUUUCGGUCAGGAUUUCGCAGCAGCCGGCCAUGUCUGGAAUGACGUCCUGUGCAACAAAGACUCGGACAGCGAUGGUCUGACUAACGGAGAAGAACUGGGAGACCCUCAUUGUCACUUUACUCCAACCAAACCUGGACAUUUGGUCAGCACCAGGGGCAAUCCAGGUAUUUGUGAGCCAGUAGGUUCUGCUGCUUGUGCAUGGCAAGGCUUUACCUGUUAGCAGCUGCGUUCCUUUGGGUAUCAAAGAAUUUGUGAAAUGAAACUUUAUAAAGUUUGAUAAUAACGUUUGAUUUUUUUUUAUAACAAGUCCACUUUGCAAGUCUUCAAAUAAUCAUUUUACAAGUUGAAACAAUAAACCUCCUGUGUAGUGA